CAAUUCCCUGAUCUGCCUGUCAGCCCUGCGUCACGUCUUCACUUCUUAUAUAACAGGCCGCCAUGAAUAAUGCAUGUGACAUCAGCCCUUACGCCUGUAUCCGUGGCGGAGGGUAUGACACGGUCUAUAAUAUAAACAUGUAAUGCGCGGGGAGGACGCAGCUUGUAUGGCGGAUCUGGGGGACUUUGCUGGUCCUCAUCGACGACAUCACAUCUGAAAGCGGUUGCCACGGUAACAACAGAAGCAGGCCUGGCGGCUACAGUGCUGCGGAACACAGACUUUACGCCACAGGCUGGAGCUAAUUUUAGUAAAAGUCACCAGAGAGCGCGAGAAAGAGGCACUGAGCCUUUAACCCCUUCUCUGCCACAGAUCCUAUGACGGGAAGGACCCUGAACCCAUGUGAUGUGGAAUUGUGUCACUAUGGCUAAAAAUAACAAUGUAUUCAGCGCGAUCCCCGACCCCACCAUCAACAACGCCAAACCCAAGGUCUCUCAAAAAUCCAAACUAGCGGAAAAGUUGGAGAAGGCGGACAGGAAACUGAGGAGGCGGCAAAGGUACGUGGAGAAGGAUGGCCACUGCAAUGUCCAGCAUGGAAAUGUCCGAGAGACUUAUCGCUAUCUUACAGACAUCUUCACCACCUUGGUGGACCUGAAAUGGAGGGUGAGUCUCCUGGUCUUCAUCAUGGCCUAUGCCAUCACCUGGCUCUUCUUUGGCCUCAUCUGGUGGUUUAUCGCCUAUUGUCGGGGGGACCUGGAGCAUCUGGACGAUCCGGGGUGGACACCAUGCAUCAAGAAUCUCAAUGGGUUUGUCUCUGCAUUCCUCUUUUCUAUCGAAACGGAAACAACGAUUGGCUAUGGACAUCGGGUCAUCACGGACAAAUGCCCGGAAGGGAUCAUCUUGCUGCUCCUUCAAGCCAUCCUGGGCUCCAUGGUCAACGCUUUCAUGGUGGGCUGCAUGUUUGUCAAAAUCUCCCAACCCAACAAACGUGCCGAGACGCUGGUCUUCUCUUCCAAUGCGGUCAUAUCCCUGCGGGACGAUAAACUCUGUCUCAUGUUCCGCGUGGGAGAUCUGCGCCAGUCGCACAUUGUGGAAGCUUCUAUUAGAGCCAAACUUAUUAAGUCUAAACAGACGCAAGAGGGAGAAUUCAUCCCGCUGAACCAGACAGACAUCAACAUUGGAUUUGAGACCGGAGAUGACCGGCUGUUCUUGGUGUCACCAUUAAUCAUCAGCCAUGAAAUCAAUGAGCAUAGCCCAUUUUGGGAGGUGUCCAAAAAGCAGCUGGCGAAGGAUGAUUUUGAGAUGGUAGUGAUCCUUGAGGGAAUGGUGGAAGCCACAGGAAUGACGUGCCAGGCCCGCAGCUCUUACCUGGCGGACGAAGUGCAGUGGGGUCAUCGCUUCAUGUCCGUGCUGACGCUGGAGGAUGGCUUCUACGAGGUGGACUACAACACCUUCCACCAGACCUUUGAGGUUCCCACCCCAGUCUGCAGUGCCCAAGAGCUGGCAGAGACCGCCGCCAGAAUGGACGCUCACCUGUACUGGUCCAUCCCCAGCCAUCUGGAUGAGAAGGUGGAGGAGGAAGGGAUGGAGAAACAGGACAAGCAGAGGAAUGGAAGCAUCACCAGCCCGGAGAGCGAGCAGACACCCUCUGAGUGACCAUCUGUAGAGCCGGUCAUUGGG